GUGAGCUCUGCGCUUGGAGACCGAGACUGGUUAACAGGUCUGCGACUUCUUUUGCAUAAUCAUCCCCUGAUGUGCCGCGCACUUUGUCUUCUCUGGAGGAUAGAUUCAAAUCUUUACUAUUUUCUGUUCAUUUAAUUGAGUAUUUUUGUGGAGAUAUUUCGCCCGAUUCUUUUUGUUCUGUGGCGCAACAGUGCGCGCUGUGUGUUUGUGUGUGUGUGUGUGUGUGUGUGUGUGUGUGUGUGUGUUUGUGUGAGCUCAUCCUGUUCCACAAGAUAAGUCAGGGGUUUUAGGCUGCUCAUCUGGCAGCAGGUGGUGUGACAUGUGGACCGGGUAAAGUCUCACCCAGUGCUUGUCAAUAAAACAUUCAGUGAAGUCGCUCCCUCCGGCAGUGUGACUCGGGAUGCUCGGCCAGUCUCCUCACCUUAUCGGAGGCAUCUUGUGGAUCCAGAAUCCAAUGAGAGCUGUUCACUGCAACCUGAGCCAGAAUGGCAUCGACCACCAGAUGUGCCCGGAGGACUUGACGUCACAGCUGGAGGAGGAGGAGGAGGAGUCUGUGGACGGGGUGCCCGUGCUGCUGGACGAUGACAGCCCCAUCUACCAGGACGUCAGCCCCCCCGUGUACCAGCGCCGCUCCCCUCCGCACCGCUCCGUCUCAGAGUCCGAGCUGUCACGGCCAGGACAUGUGAAGCUGUCUAAGCCCGUGGCGCUGUGGACCCAACAGGACGUGUGUAAGUGGCUGAAGAAACACUGUCCCAACCAGCACCAGAUCUACAGCGACUCCUUCAAACAGCACGACAUCACAGGGCGGGCUCUGAUGAGAUUGACGGACAGAAAGCUGGAGCGAAUGGGAAUCAUGCAGGAAUCCCAGAGGCAGCACAUCCUGCAGCAGGUCCUGCAGCUCCGCGUCCGAGAAGAAGUCAGGACCCUUCAACUUCUCACACAAGCAUCUCUGGAGUGCUCUCCAUCUUCACCGUAACCUGACGGGAGACGCCGACCGCCUUCCCCCGACAUCCACCUUAAAAUGUGAUCCCUCGUCUUCUCCGUGGAACAAUCGCAGCACUCCGUCUCAUACCGUCAUUCUCCGACUGAACUGGAAAAAAAAAAAAAAAAAAAAAACUCCUGCCUUUUUUCCCAGCCACUCCUGAGACGCUCCCACAAGUUCUGACUUGUUGUUUCCUCGCAGUCCAAACAAUUCCUCACAGCUUCCUGGAAUAUGACCAAGAGUUUCCAUCACAGGCGUCCCAUCUCUCCGCUCAUUUCUGACCUCCGCCGUCAAAUCUGCACCACAACUCUCACGCUAUAACUCCUACACUCCUCUCAGACAUGGCGACACUCCCUCUGCCUCUGGAAGCAAGAGCCAAGAGCCAAGCCACAAUAAUGUUUUCCCCAGAAUUCAACACUUUCCUGAUAGAAUUAAAAAACAAAGACACUCUGUGAAGUCGAGCCUUGUGAUUGGAUGAUAGUUUUAACAUUUUAGGGAACUUAUCCAACCACGCUCAUCCAUCCUUACAGUGAAGCAAACAUUCCCAAUCUGUGACCCGUGGACCAAAUUUGCCCCCUAAACGACCUUAAGUCAUCACUCUAAUAAAAAAUUAAUAGAUCUGGGAAAUGACUAAAAAAUAUCUGUAAAAAUAAACUCAAAGAAGAGACGUAAGCUUCAUAUUGUUUUUAAAGCAAUGCAGAGCUAAACUCAGUUAAUGAAUCUGUAAAAUAUUUAAUUAUUAUCAGGCUAAUAAGCCUUCAAUUCAACAGUUAUUACUGUUGUUUACUUAAGAAAUGCAUUUCUGUUUGAUACAAUAGUAUUUAAGAGUCUAACUUAAAAAUUAAAAAUAAAAAAUUAAAGCUCCUGUGUGGAACUUCAAUUUUGAGUCAGUUUCGGUGCCCCUAGUGGUCAAAAGCGGUAUUUCUUUUCUCUUUUCUGAUCCUGUCAUGUACUUUUGUAGAUAAUCUUUUCUGAUUCUAAAAUCUUAUCCUCCUUGUCCGUAGCAGUCCAAUAAACUACUUCCUGUUUAAAUCAGCAAUCGAAAAAAUGUAUGAAGAAUGCUGUUUUUGGGAAAUAUCAAACACUACUAAUAACUAUAUGAUACUUCUCAAUAUUAUUCCUGAUGGUCUUGUUUACUUUUAAAGGUCAUAAAGAAACAUCAGCAUUAAUUUCAGUCUGAAUUAUAACCACUUGAAAACUCCCCACAGGAGCUUUAAAUGUAACAUUGGUUCAUUGAAACGUCCAUUUAAAACAUGUUAGCAGUAAAACGUGUUUUGCUAACACCAUAAAUUCCUUGCAUCACAGGUCUGACAUAUGAAGUAACAUGUCCAGUACGUAGCCCCUUGUCCCUUGAGUAGGCCUUCAGUAAAAAGUGAAACCAUACAUUCUCAUUUCUACAUUCAAACACAGUCUCUGGGUCUCUUUGUGGCAUGUUAGCAUCUUCAUUGUAGCAUUGUUUUUGCUUGUGGUUCGCUGCUGAGCUUCCCUCCAAAAGACUUUCAGCUGUGGCUUCAUAAAAACUGUCCACCAGACCUUACUAUACACCUCUGCUUCUCUAAUUCCCACAAUGCAAAAGGACUUACACAUCUAACACAACCAUUGGUGUGUAUUGUGCUCUUUCUCUCCAUCAUUCUGUGCAUAGAUCCUGUAAACAGUGUUUCAGAAACUCCAUAUCGCUCCUCACUACUUCUCCAAUAUUGUGGAUCUCUCUCUUAGACGGUACACCCGGAGAGGACUUCACUGUGAAAACAACCGACAGUAAAGAGUGGGGAUAAACAUUCAACAUGGCAUCACAUUAGGUGCGGGUUAAGUUAAGGCUCCCUGCGAAAAAAUGAACGGCAUCGUUGUGAAAAGCAAUCUGAGGAGAUGAAGCAGAACCUGGAGGAAAGAAAAGGAAAAAAAAAACACACAAAAAAAAAAAAAGGCCAGGAUGAACUGCAUAAGGAAAUUCCCUCGGUGUCUCUCUAAAAGCACCGUGCCAGCAGGUGAACUGAAACAAAGACGAAAAGGGAGUGGCUGAAAGAAAGGCGAAGAGAGGAAAAAAAAAAAGGAGCAGGCAAAGCAAAAAAAAAAAGGGCUCCGAGAUGCUUCGUCUCGAAACUCUUAACCGCUAAUGAGGGGAGAGAAGAAGAAGAAGAAGAAGAAAAGACAUCACAGAUAACAAAAGAAGAGCCUUUUUUCAUUUCCCCAUGUAACGUCAACUCUUUAUUGCUUCGUCCUCUUUCCAUCUCACCGCUUUGAGACUAUUUUUAGAUGACAAAUAUUGAAAAUAUGGUAGAAAGGAGACAUGCUGUGGGCCAAGAAAGCUUAUCAUGGAAAUGUUGUUUGUCACAAGAUUAGGAAGAAACACUAUAUCCUAUUUAUCUCAAGACUCUGUUAAUGUGAAUAAUGGCCACUCACUGUUGAUAUUUUAGGUAUUUUAACUGCACUUAAAAGCACAUGUGUCCAUCAGGAAACAAAUCAUCUGUUACUCAUCUUUGCCACUUUGGUCUUUGAGUGUAAAUACAUGACUGCAGCCAGGAUUAAGACCUCUGAUAUCGCUGCUUUUAGAGUGAAAUUCAUCAAAAACCUCUGAUGUAGCAUGAGAUGUUGUCAUGGUAACAACAUCUUUCCUCUCUGGAUGUGUGCUGUCAAUCAAAAGGAGCAUAAAAAAGGCUCCGCGGUUGGAACGUUUGGGUAAAAACGGGGUCAAAGUCGGCCCCUGAGAGCUAUCAGGUUUUAAUGGGAUUCCAUUUGUACACCGGUCCCUGUGUGUCCAGCCAUUCAUUGUUUGGAUAGCAGCUGUAGCCUCUAAUGCAGCAGAGACCUGUGAGUAGAUUGAAAAGUAUUGAUCAGAUAGUCAGGACAUACAGUCGGUCCGCCAGGAUCACAAAAGCCUCCGGGAGUGUGUUUUGUGUGUAUUGGUGUGUGUCUGUGUGUGUGUGUGUGUGUGUACUGACAGUCACAUAGGAAUGGAGAUGUUGGGGCUAAAACACAAGUGGCUAUUUCACGGUCGGGUGGAGAUGCCGUGUCCAUGUCUGUCAAGGCCACAGGAGAAGGAAGAGGGGGGGGAUGAAGCUUCCGUUAAGUUGGGAAUUUCUCCAUUCUACCAUUUCAAAUUGGAAACUGUCAAUAUUCAGACUGGGAGAAAUGGUUUUCUGUCGUAGGUCGCUGGUGACUGAGGUGUGAAUUCAUUCAUGCAAACAACUCUCAGCAGGAGUUCCUGACAGUAUGAUAAAGCAGAUUUAUCAAUAUAAUGAAGGGAUAUUAAUGCUGGUCAUCUAAAAGUUCCUCUCUUGGCAUCGAGCAUCCUCCCAAAAACGUUUUCUCUGCUUUCGAAAAAUUAUAGAUUUAUACAUUCUCAGUGCUAAUGAAAAUGGUUUACCCACAGUCCCCAGCUCUAAAUCUCCCACCGCCCUUUGGCUGAUCACCUCCAGGUCGAGGCAACUCACCACAUAAUGUAAUUUAUGUAGGCCUAUGCUCUCUACUAAUCAAUCCCAGCAUAAUGUGAGACCCUCAUUUCUCUGCAGCCAGAAGCCAGCUAGCUUAAUUUAGCUAAAUCCCACAUAUGUAGCCUACCAGCGCUUUGAGAACCCACUAACAUUUAUAUCUAAACGUUUGAUUGUUAUUUUGUUAAUUUGGUUUUUGUAUGAUCAUGUUCUGUCCGACACUCCCUUACUAUAUCUGAGAAUGAGAGAAACUGUAGCUUGAAAAAACUGCUGACUCACUCUCUCGUCAAAGCUGGUUAGCAUAGCCUAUUAUAACAUCUCACUCUUCUCAAGGGAACAAAUUAGCCAACAUUUUCCUCCAAAGCUGAUUAAUUCAUCCAAGAAUGACACUGAAAUACAGAAUAACAUGUUAAUUCGAUUGGCUGUACUGUACGUCGGGUUUUGUCACAAUCCAACAUAGCUAAUCGGUUACUUGUUCACAGUCUGUAUGCUAGGCUAACGAACCUGCUGCUUAUUGUGGGGCUUUAAAUUUGGCACCUAAACAAUGGAGGGAUAAUUAUAUUUGUAUGUAAAUCUCUGACAAUAACCAAAGUACAUUUCUUUUUUUUAUAUUAACUGCCUAAAUCUAGAUUAAGUUUGUUUGUUUUGUUUUAUUUGGAUCCCCGUUAGCUUCAGCAUAGCGAGAAGCUAUUUUUUCCUGGGGUCCGCAAGUGUCGCUUGGCUGAUCAGAAACGUUAAAAUUUGAAAAAAAAUAAGAACCUGGCUGAAGAAAUGUCCGUUCACCCACUGAUCGAACCUGGUGGGGAAAAAACACACCAAGCUGACUUCCUGUGAUCUUCCAGUAUAUGAACCACUUGCAUUGGAUUUCAUCAUAUUUUCAAUUGUGGCCCUGUAAAGAAAGAAAGAAAGCACUGUGUGUGUGUGUGUGUGUUACAACUUCAAUGUGGCUAUAAUAGAUUAUUCAAGCCUUUCUAUCAAAACGUAGGGUUUUCUUUCUCUUAGGAAUUAAUUUGUAGAAUUUCCAUGCCAACAGUCUAAACUUUGGAACAAGAACUAAACUAGCUUGCAGGUUUUUCCACUACAAACAAAUGUAGCAGCGUGUUGUAGUGAUGCAUAUGCCAGGCUGUAGCAUUGUAAUAACCCUGGAUGUAGGCAGUAAAAUAUCGAUCCUUUAUUGUUAAUCUCCAGAGUGUUUUCAGUGAGGAAUAGAUUUUGCCUUCAGAGACAAGAGGGAAAAUUUCCACUGUAUUUUGGCUCUGAUAUCCAGGUAUAACCAGCCCAAGAUCUGGCAACUGUGCCAAAAUGUCCGAGGACUUGCCUCGGCUCGUAUAGUCUGGCAGUACCCUGAGAGUGGUUUGGCACGUACUCAUAGGCGCUGAUCAACGAUGCUCUGUUACACAAGAGAACGCCAGACUAAAAAAACCUCACACACUUUAUUGCACAAGAACUUUUCACACAUUCUGGCACACACGUAAAAUGCACACAAACUCAAGACUUGUGUGUAAAAUACGCAUCAACAAGCACACGGACGCAUCGUUUCUAAACAGAUUGGUGGCAAAUAGUCACGCCGUGCUGACACGUAGAAACAGGUGACAAAGCAAACAUGUAAACAACGCUUCACAAUCACAAUCUAAACAGACGACAAAUCUAAGAUUUUAGUUUCGGCCAUGUUUGACAGCACGUUUCGAAAGAGUGUUUUUGUAACCAACAGGCAUGAUGAGGUCUGUAGCUCCCCCUCUAUCUACUUAUAAGGUGCCUAAUGAUGGAUAUUAAUGAUGAUAUUGAUACCAUGUUCAGUAUAUAAAUAUCUAUAUAUAUAAUAAACAGAUUAAUCAU